AGUGUAGGAUAAACUGUUGAUUAAGGUGGAUUGGUAUUACAGUUCGUUUGCAACUUACAGUGCAUAAACUGAGUAGGGAACGAGCUUGAAUCGACAGAAUAUUUUUUCUUUAUUUGAAAAAUCUUCAUGAUAAAGGAAUCAUCACGAACUCGCUUCAUAUUCCUCAUAAAAUGGCCAACUCACAGACAACAAUCAACAAUGUCCUGACAUUAAUUUUAUUGUCGAUAAUUUUCGUUUCUCAAUUUGUGAUCGUACUUGGUGAUUUGGCUCCAAACGAAGAGGAUGACGAUGACAUAAAAGCACCUACAGAUCUGAAGAAAGGAGAUGAAACGCUGUCUACUUUAGAACCUCCUAAACCUGCAUCGAAUCUUGGAUUUAUUCAUGCAUUCAUUGCAAGCUUCUCAGUCAUAAUAGUUUCUGAAAUCGGUGAUAAAACGUUCUUCAUUGCUGCUAUCAUGUCAAUGAAAUAUCCACGUCUAACAGUUUUUGCUGGAGCCAUAACAGCACUUGCUUUAAUGACCAUUCUUUCAGCAGUUUUUGGAAUGGUCUUUAUUCAAUUUAUACCACCUCAUAUCACCCGAUGGGUGUCUGUUUUGUUAUUUGUUUUGUUUGGACUGAAAAUGUUACAUGAGGGAUGGAAUAUGACAGCAACUGAUGCAGCAGAAGAAAUGGAGGAAGUUCAGCAUGACAUCAGGAAGAGAGAAGAUGAGCUCAGGCUAAAUUACCUGGCACGAGAACAAAAAAUUGAAGGUGAUGUGUCGAUCGAAAUGGAGCCUAAUAACUUAACUCGUUUGACAACUAACACUCGCUCAAGUGAAUUGGAAAUUAAUAUUAUGGUUAACAAAGAGACUAAUAAAAGUAUUACAACAGAUCCAGAAACGGGAGGGGCAAAAAAAGCGAAAGCUGGAGCAUUCACCGUUUUGUUUCGAAUCUUUAUGCAAGCUUUCACAAUGACGUUUGUCGCAGAAUGGGGCGAUCGAUCACAAAUUACAACGAUUAUCCUUUCAGCACGUGAGAAUCUUUGGGGAGUGAUUACGGGAGGUGUCAUAGGUCAUGCCAUUUGUACAGGGUUAGGAGUAUUAGGAGGUCGUAUCAUAGCUCAAAAAAUAUCAGUUCGAACUGUAACGCUUAUUGGUGGAGUCGUUUUUCUAUUAUUCGCAAUAACUUCUUCAAUAUGGGAUCCAAAUGCAGAUUCUGCACCAAGUACGACAGGUGGUAACUGAGAGACACUUAAUGUUAUCUUAUUUAAAGUGCUGCCUGAAGAAAGACUAAAUAGCACGAAUGUAUAGGAAAAAAAUAAUGUAAAAGCAUACCUUAAAUAUCUAAUUAAAAAAACAUCAAAACAAGUUUUUUGUUUUGUAUACCUAACAUGGACGAUUUAAUCUGAAUUCUCAGUCUGAUCCUCAAUUUAAAAAAAUAACAUUAUAAAUUCAUUUGUAAAAUGAGCAACUAGUGAUAUACAAAAAGUGCAAGAAGUAGAUAACAUUAGCUAAAAUGUAUGUUAUUAAAGUAAACAAUUGAAGAUUAUUCUGAAAUAUUUAAACAUCAUUCUUUUCCAAGUAUUCAACAAUUUAUGGAUUUUAAGAGAGAUUGGUGCUUUAUAUUGCAUCAAAUGUAGACUUUUGUUAUAUUUUCUUCGAAAGGCUUUGAAAAGCAACUUUUGAAGUAUCAAGUAUCAGCCUUAGAAUGUCAGCUCUAUCAUAAAAUUAACUCAUUUAUCUUUUAUUUCAUUCAUCAUCUCAUAAAAAACCUACUUUGUUAAAUAAUCCUAAAUAACUAUAAAUAUAAUAUUCUCUACAUGUAGGUAUAUUUCUUUGAAUAAACAUUCAAUUAAAUACUUAAAAUCAAUCUAUACAAAAUAUUUAAUUUGCCAAAAACCUUUUAUAACUUAA